CCGGCGCGGGGGCGGACCGGGGAGGAGCGAGUGCGAUGGACGGUCGCCCUCGCCAAUCGUUGGCAGGUCAGGGCCGGCUGCGCGGCCUACGGGGCCCAAUCGGCGGCGAGAGCGGCAGGCGGGGCGGGCCGAACGCGGGCUUCCGGCGGGGCCCGGCAGGCGCCGAGGAGGAAGAGCGAGCCCGGACGGCGCCUCUCGAACGAGUGUGGGCGCUAGGCAGGAUGACGACCUCAGGCGCGCUCUUUCCGAGCCUGGUGCCAGGCUCUCGGGGCGCCUCCAACAAGUACCUGGUGGAGUUUCGGGCGGGAAAGAUGUCCCUGAAGGGGACCACCGUGACUCCGGAUAAGCGGAAAGGGCUGGUGUACAUUCAGCAGACGGACGACUCGCUUAUUCACUUCUGCUGGAAGGACAGGACGUCCGGGAACGUGGAAGACGACUUGAUCAUCUUCCCUGACGACUGUGAGUUCAAGCGGGUGCCGCAGUGCCCCAGCGGGAGGGUCUACGUGCUGAAGUUCAAGGCAGGGUCCAAGCGGCUUUUCUUCUGGAUGCAGGAACCCAAGACAGACCAGGAUGAGGAGCAUUGCCGGAAAGUCAACGAGUAUCUCAACAACCCCCCAAUGCCUGGGGCGCUGGGGGCGAGCGGGAGCAGCGGCCACGAGCUCUCUGCGCUAGGCGGUGAGGGCGGCCUGCAGAGCCUGCUGGGGAACAUGAGCCACAGCCAGCUCAUGCAGCUCAUCGGACCAGCCGGCCUCGGAGGACUGGGUGGGCUGGGGGCCCUGACCGGACCUGGCCUGGCCAGCUUACUGGGGAGCAGCGGGCCUCCAGGGAGCAGCUCCUCCUCCAGCUCCCGGAGCCAGUCGGCAGCGGUCACCCCGUCAUCCACCACCUCUUCUACCCGUGCCACCCCAGCCCCUUCUGCUCCAGCAGCUGCCUCAGCAACUAGCCCGAGCCCCGCGCCCAGUUCUGGGAAUGGAGCCAGCACAGCAGCCAGCCCGACCCAGCCCAUCCAGCUGAGCGACCUCCAGAGCAUUCUGGCCACGAUGAAUGUACCAGCCGGGCCAGCAGGCAGCCAGCAAGUGGACCUGGCCAGUGUGCUGACGCCGGAGAUAAUGGCUCCCAUCCUCGCCAACGCGGACGUCCAGGAGCGCCUGCUUCCCUACUUGCCAUCUGGGGAGUCACUCCCGCAGACCGCGGACGAGAUCCAGAAUACCCUGACCUCGCCCCAGUUCCAGCAGGUAGAGGCCGGGCCCAGGGUGCCCUCCACUGUGUGCUCAGGGAGUGGGCAGGAGGGAGGAGGAGGCCCUGCCCCACCUUCACUAUGGCCAGUGCUUCCUGUGCCUGACCCACAGAGCUGGCAGCUGAGCAGUGCGGCUCUGGGGCGCAGCCCAGGGUGGAGCUCAGCCCUCGCCUGGCUCUUCUUGCAGGCCCUGGGCAUGUUCAGCGCAGCCUUGGCCUCGGGGCAGCUGGGCCCCCUCAUGUGCCAGUUCGGUCUGCCUGCAGAGGCCGUGGAGGCCGCCAACAAGGGUGGUAAGUAAGUGGCUGCACCUGCACCUCCGGGCCAGAGCCAGGGGCAGGGUCCAUUCCUGUCCCCCUGGAUCUGCAGAAGUGGGGCUGAUGGGGUAAAAGUCACAGCCCUUCUGCCCUUGAUCCCAUCGCUUGGAUCCCCAGUUCUGGGCAAGGGUUAGACAGACACCACCCUGUGUCUUUAACGUGUUCUAGAUGUGGAAGCGUUUGCCAAAGCCAUGCAGAACAACGCCAAGCCCGAGCAGAAAGAGGGCGACACGAAGGACAAGAAAGAUGAAGAGGAGGACAUGAGCCUGGACUGAGCCACGCGCCAUCCUCCGAGGAACCGGGCGCUUGCAGUGCGUUGCACACUUUCACCUCCACCCACUGACAAUAAAGUCUUCUCUUUUACCUGCCAA